AUGCGUCCUGUCAGCAAGCAUAUUGCAGGAAUGCUAGCCAACCUGACUACGGUCGGUCUCGACCCCAAAAAACUAGAGCUGCUUGGCCUCAGCCUUGGCGGCGUGUCCAUGGCCUUCGUAGCCAAGAGCUUCCAACAAAUUACUGGUAGAAACAUCUCAAAGCUCACCGCUCUCGACCCUACUGGACCCUGCGUCAGACACCUUGGACCAAAGGAUAGGUUAGACCCCUCCGAUGCCGAUUUUGUCCUACAUGUCGCAACAAACGUCGGAGGAUAUGGCAUAGGCACCCCGGUCGGACACGUAUCAGUCUAUGUAAACGGAGGAGAGUACCAGCCUGGCGCCCUUCCAUCGUAUUUAUGCGACAACUUAUGCAGUCACAUGCAAGCGUUUUUCAUAUGGAUAUCUGUCAUGGAAAACCCUGGCAAAUUCAUCAUGAUGCAAUGUGAUUAUCUACAGCAAGCGAGAGACCACAACUGUUUUGAGAGGAAACCAAUGAAAACGAUUAUAAAAAUGCAGAAGAUAUUAGAAAGUAAAGCUAAAGUGAUAUGUGUACUUAUGGUGAUGCAAUUGAUGUGUAAUUUAGUCACCGCAGUUGAAUAUAAUGAAACUAAUGAGGGUUAUGCACAAAAUUUCCUGCCUACAUGUCCUGGUGUAAGAAAACCGGCCGAGAUAAAACCAGAAAAUUUAAGCAAAGUAAGAAUCGCAGCUUUCGCCGGCGGAUCACUUUUACUCUCCAAAUGGACAUCUUAUAACUACCGCAACAUAAAGACCCUGGCCUUGGACCCUAAUAUUGACUUCAGACGGAAGACGAUCGUGUAUUGUCCUGGAUAUACGGAAUAUACUGCGUUACCUGUUGGAAGGUUUUUGAUGUUACUGUAUAAGAGAUUAGGGUACAACGUGUUAAUUUUAGAAUAUGUAGACUUCAGCACAAACAUAUUCCCCAUUGUUCCACGCGUGAUGCGUCCUGUCAGCAAGCAUAUUGCAGGAAUGCUAGCCAACCUGACUACGGUCGGUCUCGACCCGAAAAAACUAGAGAUGCUUGGCCUCAGCCUUGGUGGCGUGUCCAUGGCCUUCGUAGCCAAGAGCUUCCAGCAAAUGACUGGCAGAAACAUCUCAAAGCUCAUCGCUCUGGACCCUGCUGGACCCUGCGUCAGACACCUUGGACCAAAAGAUAGGUUAGACCCCUCCGAUGCCGAUUUUGUCCUACAUAUCGCAACGAACGCCGGAGGAUAUGGCAUAGGCACCCCGGUUGGACACGUAUCAGUCUAUGUAAACGGAGGGGAGUACCAGCCUGGCACCCUUCCAUCGUAUUUAUGCGACAACUUAUGCAGUCACUUGCAAGCGUUUUUCAUAUGGAUAUCGGUAAUGGAAAACCCUGGCAAAUUCAUCAUGAUGCAAUGUGAUUCUCUACAGCAAGCGAGAGACCACAACUGUUUUGAGAGGAAGCCAAUGGUAACGAGCACUCUGGAUCUAUAUACGGAUAGAAGCAAGCCGGGUAUUUAUUACUUGGCAACGAGUCCUAAAUACCCGUAUUAUUUGGGUAAGAAGGGCUUGAAAAGAAGUGGGUCGGAAGCUUUGAAUCACAUCAGUGAUCUUAAUGCUGUUGACGUUCUGAUGGUUUGA